AAAUGUUAUUCAAAAGUAAUUUAUUUGCUGCUGUUUUCACUCUUUCUACUUUACCGCGUUCAUGCAGGACUGAUUGAGAGGAAAACUUAUGGUGUAGUGGAGGAUCUAGUGCAGAUAUGACCCCAUCAAAGGAAGGCAUGAUCUCCCUCAUCGACAAGACCAUAAAGCUUAGGAGGGAGGAACAGGCAAGGCAGGUUGUCCUGGCAUGGGCUGUGCUAAAUAUGUCUCUGGCUGGGAUGAUCUAUACAGAGAUGUCUGGAAAGCUUCUUAGCAGAUACUAUAACAUAACUUACUGGCCCAUCUGGUAUAUUGAACUUGCCAUGGCUUCCUUGUUCAGUCUCAAUGCGCUUUUUGACUUUUGGAAGUAUUUCAAGUACACUAUGGCCCCAACCACAAUCGCCGUUAGUCCAGAACAGCAUCAACUUCUUGGACUCCGGGGCUCAGGGAUUCAAGCCUCUCCACCUCAGAAACAAGAGAAAAAAGAAGCUCCUGUAUCAGUCCAGUCAUCGCCCCUGCAGGGACAGAAUGUACUCAGCUUUAGUCCUGCUCGACCCUCAAGCACCAGCCCCAAGUUUUCCCCCAGCUGUGUGUCUGGGUUCAGUCCACCUCUGAGCAGCCCUUCUUCAGCAGGAGGACCCUUUUCGCCCUCCAUGGCAUUUGGCAAGGUGCUGAACUAUAGUCCGAGUUCUUCUCCGUACCCAAGCAACCUCGGGCCGGCAGAAGGCACCAGUCUCCGUGCUCGUUACCGCACAUCCCCAUCCGUCUUUAAUUCACCCGGAGGUAAGGAGGACUACAUCGAUGACCUAAAGACUUUGGAGAAGUUUUUGCGUACGGAGGAGGAGAAAAGCCACCGCAGUCAAUUGGGAAGUCCAGAGUCAACAUCUCCAAGACACAGUCCAUCGUUCUGGAACUACAGUCGUUCAGUGGGGGAUUACGCACAGAGCCUGAGGAAGUUUCAAUACCAGCCGGCCUGCCGUUCACAGGCACCAUCUGCCAAUAAAGACGACACAGAGCUGGGCUCCAAACAAGCUGCUGAAGAGGUCUGGGCAAGAAUCACAACAAGUCGUGUGGUGACGGAAAAUAUUGACAGCUGGACUGCUAAGCUGAGAAAUUGGAUAAAUGACACCAUUCUAGUUCAUCUGGUCAGAGAGAUGGACUCUGUCAACAGUCAGCUCAGGAGGAUAGGCUGCCCUGAGCUACAGAUCGGAGAGGCCAGCAUCAGCAGUCUCAAACAAGCUGCCGUGGUCAAAGCCUCUGCAAUUCCCACCCUCAAUGCCAUCGUACAGUAUCUGGACGUCACACCAAACCAGGAGUAUCUUGUGGAGAGAAUCAAGGAACUAGCCCACAGUGGCUGCAUGAGCUCUUUCCGCUGGAACGGAGGAGGAGAUCUGAAAAACCGCAAAUGGGACACGGACCUUCCGACAGACUCUGCUAUCCUGAUGCAUGUGCUGUGUACAUACCUGGACUCACGGCUCCCGCCACAUCCUAAGUAUCCUGACGGAAAAACCUUUACGUCCCAGCAUUUUAUACAGACACCAGAUAAACCAGACGUGUCCAAUGAGAACCUGUUCUGCAUCCAUCAAAGUAGCACAAACCCUCCUCAUUUUCAGCUCGUCUACCAGGGACACGUCUACAGCUUGCCCAAGGGCAGAAAUAACUUGUUCCAUACCAUCCUCAUGUUCCUCUACAUUAUCAAAACCAAGGAGUCUGGCAUGCUGGGGAGAGUGAAUCUCGGUCUUUCAGGAGUGAAUGUACUCUGGAUCUUUGGGGACUGAUAUGGUCAUGUUUGCCGCUUGGAGGAAAACACUGCACAAGCCUUGAGAUGUGAUAGACUUUUUUACCUUUACAUUCUUGUGAUGUUGAAUGUUUUUGAGAUGCAUUGUACAUGCAAACUUGAUGCAAAUACAGAUUAAGCACAGAAAGUCGUUUUAGCUGAAGAAAAUGUUUUAAAAUUCGACGCUGAGAUAUUUGGAGUCAAAAUAGACCCUUGUUCCACUGAAUUUUGUAAAAAUAU